AUGGAGCAGUGUGUCACAGGCUGCCAGCACGUGCCGGGUGUCCCACACGGCAAGCCAGCGGAUGUUUUGCUCAAGGUGCCAUCUGUUUGGCCUGACUGUCACCCAGGUGGAUCAGAGACAGCUUGGCGUCAGCCGGAGUCUUUGCGUCGCUUCUGAUCCCUGUUUAAAUAGCUUGAGCUGCUCAAGAGUUCUAAUCUUCUUUCUGGGGCACUUGGAGAGAGAAGACCAGCAAGCUACCUAUGCCUGACAGAAGCACAAAAGACUCCCAGGUUCCCAGGUGAGUUUACGGAACAGGGCAAUAUUCAGGUGAGAAGAUGCCAGCAGGAGCUGGGGUGUGCCUGUACAUUUCUGGCUUCCAGAGGCAGGAGGCUGAUUCCUUGGGUUUUGUCCGUACUUUUCUGAGAGUCAAGCCUGCAUAAAAACCAGACCCUCCAAGUGGCCCUAUUUUCCAGCGACGGUUGCUAAUUUACAGAAGCCGUCCCGGUUUCUGAUUUGAUCCCGUAAUGUCCCGCUUUACCUUAGGUCAGGACACCCCUGUUUUCAUUGGAGAAAUGUUGGAGGGUCUGGAAUAAUGUGCUAAGGAGAUAAGUAAUCAGUGCUUUUUUUUUUUUAAUGUUCUUGAGUCAUUUUGCCCUAGGGAAAUAAACAUUUUAUAGUUCAAAUCAGGGGAAAUAAAUACAGUAAAUGGACAAAAGUACACAGAUUCAAAAAAUGUUUAGGGGUAUGCGUACCCCCAGAAAAAAGCACUGUAAGUAACUAUACAACAUUUACAAGACAGCUGAAGGUAGCCCUGUAUUUUUAAAUUCAUGGGUAGGCAAACUAAGGCCCGGGGGCCGGAUCCAGCCCCAUCACCUUCUAAAUCCAGCCCGCAGGCGGACUGGGAAUCAGCGUGUUUAUACAUGAGUAGAAUGUGUGCUUUUAUUUAAAAUGCAUCUCUGGGUUAUUUGUGGGGCAUAGGAAUUCACUCAUUAUUAUUUUUCAAAAUAUAGUCCAGCCCCCCACAAGAUCUGAGGGACAGUGGACCGGCCCCCUGCUGAAAAUGUUUGCUGACCCCUGUUUUAAAUGUUUCAUGUUUUAUUAUGUUGUUAUAUACAUUGGAAGCCGCUCAGAGUAGCUGGAACAACUCAGUCAGAUGCGUGAGGUAUAAAUAAUAAAAUUAUUAUUAGGGAAUAGGACGUCCCUAUUUUCAUCGGAGAAAUGUUGGAGGAUAUGAAAGACUGAUAAUUCUUAAUAUGUGGUGAAAUUUGAAGCAGGGUGAUCUUUAUCCCAGAUUAGUUGUCCUGGAAUAUUUUUGCAUCUCUGGCUCCAACCAUCAUUGGGUCUGACUCGCUCCCAGCAUGAGGCCCUUAAAAGAUUAUUCCUGAGGGAACGCGGCCCUCGAUGGGGAAAAAGUAGCCCACCUAGGGCUUGGGUGAGAGCAUGUCAGAAGAUCCUUGGUGGAUUGCAAAGCCCAGUGUCUACUGGGUGAGAUCUGGCAAAGUCAUACGCCAAGCAGGCUCCUAGAAAUCAGUGGAUUUCAACUGAUUUCAAUGGGUCUCCUCUAAGUAUGGAUCUCACAGCUGGAUACAGUAAGGUGAGAAGAGUUGUUCUUGUGUUCGAAUCCUGAUUGAGGGUUUACCUCAGGCAUCUGGUUGGCCACUGUGAGAACAGGAUUCUGGGCUUGAUGGGCAACUGGCCUGAUCCAGCAACCAGGCGCUUCUUAUGUUCUUACAGGGACCUGCAAAUGCCUGCUCCCUGUAGAGAACUGGCAGCUUCAUGGUUCCUCCUGCUCUGCCUUCUGUGAGGGGGGGGGUCUUGAUCUUCAAACAAGAUUUGGACCAGACAGUUCUUCAAACAGAGCAGUCUUUGCUGAGUCAUAUGAUUUGGGCUACGGAAUAUGUCAGAGACUAUUCCAUGGGGAAACUGCCUGGCCCCCCCACUUCGUAUUACAAAUAACAUUCUUAAUUUCUUCCACCAGUAACGGUUUUGCAAGAGUUCCCUUUUGGCUGCAAAUAUCGUUGAGAGGAAACUAACUGGGAUAGAUUCUCACCCACCCACCCCGCAGAUUCUCAGCCCAAAGGGCCCUUUAUCCUCCUUAAGGUAAAGGACCCCUGACCGUUAGGUCCAGUCGCGAACAACUCUGGGGUUGCGGCGCUCAUCUCGCUUUACUGGCUGAGGGAGCCGACGUUUGUCCGCAGACAGUUUUCUGGGUCAUCUGGCGAAACCAGAGCAGCGCACGGAAACACCAUUUACCUUCCCGCUGCAGCGGUACCUAUUUAUCUACUUGAACUUUGAUGUGUUUUCGAACUGCUAGGUUGGCAGGAGCAGGGACCGAGCAACCGGAGCUCACCCCGUCUUGGGGAUUCGAACCACUGACCUUCUGAUCGGCAAGUCCUAGGCUCAGGGGUUUAGACCACAGCGCCACCCGCGUCCCCCCCUUAUCCUCCUUAUAUAGCUUCAAAUAAUAUUUCUGAAACUCUGUGUGAGUGGGGCACUGGUUCUCUCUCCUUGUACUACGAUGGAAAGCUUAUACAGAUAAAAUAGCUGCUCUUGUCCUGCAGACAACAAAUUGCGCCCCCUAGGACUGGGCGAUAUCUGGUUUUCAACACCGUGAUAUAUGACCAGCUAAACAUUGCCAUAUACCGAUAUAUCAUGAUGUCUGAAAUAAGGAUGGAGUUACGUGUAAGUAGAGGCAUUGGCCGACUUCAUGGGUUUUCCUGCAUCAUAAUUUUUGCAUAGCACACAACUACACACACACACUGACCCCACGAUUCACAAUAUAUUGCCAUGUCAGAAAUUAUGAAACCGUUAUCACGAUAUGGACUUCAAACCAGUUUUGGAUGAUAGAUCGCCCAGCCUUAGCACCCAGGAAACCUUGAUCCUAAUCUGCAUUCGUGACAGAGAGCGGAAUGGAAUCAAGGACUGAAUGGCCCUUUAUCCAGGGUGCUUAAUCUGAAAUAAACUGGAAUCGUCAUUAAAACACAUUUAAUCCUUUUAAAGACAGUGGUACUCAGGUUAAGAACUUAAUUCGUUCUGGAGGUCCGUUCUUAACCUGAAACUGUUCUUAACCUGAGGUACCACUUUAGCUAAUGGGGCCUCCCGCCACGGCGGCACGAUUUCUGUUCUCAUCCUGAAGCAAAGUUCUUAACCCGAGGUACUAUUUCUGGGUUAGCGGAGUCUGUAACCUGAAGCAUCUGUAACCUGAAGCGUCUGUAACCCGAGGUACCACUGUAUUGUUUUAGUCAUCUGGCAAAGGAAUUCUGACAGGUUCCCCACAAAAUGCUCAUUAAAAAAAAAAAAAGAUUGUGGAUUUCGCAUUGUGAGCCGCCAUGUUCAUCCUUGCUCCCUCCCUUUUCUCUGCCCUGCAUUCCAGCAGUCCUCCCUAUGGAGUCCGCAGUGAAAUCGGCGUUUGGAGUGCCGGCCAGACAGCUGCUGUGUUGUGUCUCGGCCGACUUCCCCAGGGAGAAGGGCAUCAGCACCCAAAGGUGCCACAGCAAGAAUCGAGCGCAGCCUCCGGCUCGGAAGACGCCAAUCAACGAAAAGCACAAGUAAGAGUCCCUCUACUCCUUUCCUGACCGAGGAUCUCAAAACCCUAAGCCAGGAGGUUCAACUCGAGGGCCACAUUCCCUUCUGGGCAACCUCUCGGGGGCCGCAUGCAGGUGGUGGGCGGGGCCAGAGGCCAAAGUAGGCGGGGCAACAGAUGUAAAUUUCACUUUUUGCUAGUUUCCACACAUGCUCAGAAAUGGCCCUCUCUGUCCUCCAACCAGACAUGGUCAGAGGUCAGGGACAUAUUCCAGCACCCUAGGAGGGUGAAAAGUAAGACUGCUGAUGGAUGUGGCCCAGAGGUGCUAAUCUGAAUAAAAUAUUUGUUGUUGGUUUUUUUUAAAUAGUAUUUAUUAAAGUUUUAAGUUUACAAAAAGGCAAAAGAAAAAAACACCAAAUUAAACAAUAACAAAACCAACACAUCACGAUAAAAAACAGAAAGAUAAUAACUAUUAAAAACAGAAGAAAAAAAAAAACAACAAAUCAAACCUUCCCAUAACUUAUCUUUCAUUUGCUUGUUUCCCUGACCUCCUCACACCUCCCUUUUUUGUAUUCUAAGUCAAUUAUCCAUUUCAGCAAAUCCUUUCCCUCUCUUCAAAAUUUUUAUCCUGAAAAUUUAUCUUGAUCUUAAUAUAAGUUUAAUUUCCCUCUUUUCACCAAUUAACAGUCUAUUUUUCUUAAAUCUUUGCUGAAUAAAAUAUUUGGGGGCAGGUAAGCUCCGCCCUGCAUAAUUUAUCACAAUACAUGGUUCUCACCCACCAUCGGAAUGGCAACGCCCAUCAACUUGGGCGGGGGGGCUGGCCCCCUCAAAUAUUUUAUUGGGGGGGGCAAGGGACCUCAGCCCCUAGGAGUUUGCCUACCCUUUCGUCCAUAAGGGCUAGUAACCCGUUUUUAAAAAUGAAGAUGAUGCUAAGAUUUCUCCGGAAUUCUCAAGGUUUCCCAGCUACCCAAUUCUGCGUGUGCUAAUUCUGCGCUUGACCGCAAUGGUGGAAAACACACGGCUGAAGUCUAGCACCCACACAAAAGCACCUGCAGUUGCUCGUCCAAACUUUUAACAAAUUCCACAAAGGAGGUGAGCCCACCUCUUCCAGAAGCAUCUCAUUCCCGUGCUUGAGUGGCUCAUCUUGAUUCUCUUUUUCCUCCAGGAGCAAACGGGACGCAGCCUUUGCUCAACAGAAGGCUGAGCGAGCCACCAUGAGGGCCCACCUCCGGCAGAAAUACCAGCUGCCCAAGGUAAGGCUUGCCUUCUCCCUGACACAUCUUGCCCUGUCUGUCUCCAACGGGGCCUUCCUUUGUCCCCAUAUCCGGAGAUUAAACAACUGACUGCAGGGGAAGGGGCUUCUUGGUGGUGGUGUCCCAACUGUGGCAUUCCAAACUCCAUUUCCCCAUAGUUAGUGACCUAAACCAUGGCUUGCUAAACCAGGGUUUGCUAAACCACAGUUUGCUGAACCAUGGUUUGCUAAACCACAGUUUAGUGUUAUAUAUGAGCCCAGCUCCCCAGCUAACUACUGUUUACUGACUAUGGCUAACAGUCUCUUGUAGACCAAGGUUUGCAGUUGGUUCCUUCCUACACCUCAGUUAAUGUUAACCAUAGUAUUAUGCACAAACCUGGAUGCCCUCAUUAACAACCGUUAAGGAGUCACUGCUGCCCAGAAGCUACAGAUCUGCAAAAAUAUCAGAACCACUCUGAAGGCUCAGCUGCUCCCGCUGGUGCAUUUAACUAGCCUGUGACACAAGAAACCAAGGUUUAAGCGAUUGUCUGUCAGAUGCUUCUGCUUUAACUGUGGUUAGCAUUAGUUAUGGUUUAGCGUUACACGCGUUACACAAAGCAUCUUAAGUGGAAAGGCUCCCUCCUCCUUAGUCAGCGUUGCCCUUGUAGAAGUCAACAGAGAGAGGAGGGUGGCGAGAAAGCCAUCAUUAGCCAGCUCUGCCUGCCACUGGCGCCAUCUGCUGUCGGGCUCCUUGCCUUCCGUCCUACCAGUCCCAAAGAGUGACAGCCAUAGUCCAGCAUUAAUUUCACCCUGCAUCCCUUUCUUCCUCUCCCAGAACCGGACAGAUAAGAAGCAGCUGGAAGCGGUUGGGAACAAGACGAAACUCCCCCAGGACCUCCUGGCUAUUGUGAAGCCCAAAGCUACCACAGAUCCCAGCUCCAUCUUCUCCAGCUUCGGUGGUCUGGAUUUCAGCGCCUUGCGGGUGACGGCAGCGAGCGCCGUGCAAUCGCUGCAGCGCCCGGUGCAGUGCCCCGUCAUGUGA